CUACCGGCCCAAUACCCUAAAAAGAAGUCGUCCCAGUUGUGCAGCGCAGCCACUGCAGCGCGUUCUUCCGUCUCCAGCCAGUCAUGAGCACUCCAGCCAGUCGCCUGGUGAACUUCUUGCGACAGAAAAAGCAGGCAACCACAACCGGGAAAAAACCUACAACAGUUUCUAAUGUCGCCCAGUUCACAAGCUCGGAGAAAUCGAUCCAGGUGCUGAGCGCCGAGAACGAGGCCCUGAAAAAUGCGAACGAGGAGUUGAAGAAGAAGUGCGGCGAUCUACAAGGUCGUCUGCAACGAGCCAAAAGCAGGCUUGAAAUCGUAGACAAAGAUGGAGAUCUAGGCGAGGAUCAAAAGGAGGCGGAAGGAGCAGAUAUGGGCGCCCAGGGUGUGACUGAUAAGCGCUGCACAGCAAAUAAUGAAGCGCCUGUGGUGAAACCGGAGCAGUCCGCUGCCUUAUCUUCUCAUCAUCAAACCGAAAUGUCCAGUUAUGACCGCCGUUUGCUUCCUCCGGAACUGUGGUUGUCCAUAAUUCGCUGGGCCACCUAUCCACAGCCAGGUUUCCAUGCAUCAACCUUCCAGCCCUUCCUUGGAUCCUUUGACCAUGACAGUUCAAACAAAGGAGAGGUAGAUGCUGUAGCUGUCAAGCGUGCAGUGGUUCAAGUAUGCAGGCUUUGGCGAGACCUCGCCCUCAGCAUUCUGUAUGAGGAUGUCAAGGUCGGACUUGCAGCCGACUCUCUCGCGGAGGCAUUGGGGAGGACAUAUGAGGGUGGCCAACUCGGAAGAUGCGUCCGCCGCCUUGAGCUUCCUUACCCUGCCACUGGUACUGCAACAAACACUAGCUCGGAUCUUGCACUACAGAUUCUGCAAUUUUGCCCGGGAUUGGAAACCUUGGUGAGGCCCUUCAAUCCGGGACCUCCGGACUCAGUUCGCUAUGAAUUCCCCACUCGCAGCCACCCCUUCUUGAAUCUCAAGAGGCUCGAGUGGUGGCAUUUCAAUGAUGCUGCUCGCUCUGGGGGAAUAAAUUCGCUCAUGGACGUUCUACGUCACUCUCCCAAUCUCCAGUAUCUUUCUGUAGGAGGGGAGAUGUGGACCCAUUCCACUCGUGAUGUGCUGGAGCUCCCCGCAUUGAAGACGCUUCGUUUAAAACGCAUAAAUCCCCUCUUCGUACAUCAGAUCUGCCAAUGGCGACUACCGUCACUCGCCCAUGUCGUUGUGGACUUCCCACUAGAACAGAACGCGCUCGAUGCUAUCUGGCAAGUGUUCGGCGCUCGCCUCUGCACGGUUGAAUUCGCAAGGCAUGUUGGAUUCUUGCUUAGUGAUCAAAUCACCCGCUUUCUCCGUGGCUGCCCCCAAGUGAAGACAUUCAAUUACUUUCUUAACUUCACAUCACCACCACCAAUUUUCGACCAGCCCUGCGCGCUUCAAUGCAUAUCUUUGCAUGCAUACCCAUGCCACAUGGUUACCGACAUGAUCACUGCAUCUCAAGAGCGUAUUAGGCUUCACCUCGCCUUCCUCUCUAGAUCAUCCUUUCCAUCGCUGCGCCGCAUAAUUCUUUAUGGCGAUUGGGGAAGUAUGCUCGCCGAUCCUCGCUUCACAGAAUUCACGCAAACCAUGAAUUCCAGAGGCUGCUCGAUUGAACGUGCCACUGGGGGCAUACAUUCUUGCAAUCCUUCAUCAAGCGGCUGAUUUCAAUGACGACAUCUCUAGACGCCUGUGUAUUCAUAGCUGGGGGACCUGAGGUCGUCCAUUUUUAAUUUUUCGAAAUCCUGUUACUUCGUUUCCCAGCCACUUUUGAACUAAUGCACUGGCGAAAUUUCUUCUACUUUAGGCUUAGUCGAAUUCUGUCCUUCCCCGUGCUGUCGGGUGUACCGGUAUAUCAUCCUCCAUGUGAAAAAAAUAAUAAUUAGGGUCCUCAGGGAUUCGCAAUUUCACACAA